AUGUUUCCAAUGUACAAAGAAGUACCUCCGGCGGGACUCGAACCCACAACCUUUGGAUUAGAAGUCCAACGCGCUAUCCAAUUGCGCCACGAAGGCUCACCUCCGUCCCGACAAAUUGUGCAGUGUAAUAACUUAUGUACCAAGUAUAACGCAUCCAUUCCAUUGUAUAUACUUUCUAUAUACUUUUAUGCUUUACCCAAUUGUUUACUCAAGAAUUGUACAACUAUAUUAAUAUAUAACCAUAUAAACAUUUACCUAUUAAUUUCAUAUAUAGUUAUUAUGAGUUAUGUAUAUCCAGAUAAAUUGCGAAGCAGUAGACUACCUCCGGAAGUGACACGGAUUUUAUACCUAAGGAAUCUGCCAUACAAAAUAACACCCGAGGAGCUGUACGAUAUCUUUGGCAAGUACGGCCCUGUCAGACAAAUAAGGAGGGGAGUAUCUAAUAGCACAAAAGGAACCGCUUUUGUAGUUUAUGAGGAUAUUUAUGAUGCAAAAAUGGCACUGGAACAUUUGUCUGGAUUUAAUGUUGCAGGGAGAUACUUGGUUGUAUUGUAUUUUAAUCCGACGAGGUUGCAAAAGAAGAGAACGCUGCAGUAA